AAUAAACGAUAACUGAUUUCCAGAGCGUGACAGAUAACCCAUAAUAACAUCUGAGAUAACAGACGUAUACCGUUACGUUUUCCAUUUUGAUGUCAGUUAGUUUACGUUGAAAUAUUUUAUUCAGCCUCCUAUCAUGGUCGCUCAGAUUCGCGCUGUGGUAUCCGCUCAGUGGCUGGCUAACGCUGCCAAAACUAAACUCGUCGGCCCAAAACUUCGUGUUCUGGAUGGAACUUACGUGCCGAGAAGCAAUUGGAACCACAGACACGAGAUCAGUCAGAAACACAUACCAGGAGCGUCGUUUUUCGACUUAAACGAAUGUUGCGACAAGAGCUCAAAGUAUGACAAUAUGCUGCCGACCGCCAGCGACUUCUCCCGGUAUGUCAGUGACCUCGGCAUCGGGAACGACACCCACGUCGUCGUCUACGACACCAGCGACUUCGGCUCGUUAAGCGCCCCUAGAGUGUGGUGGAUGUUCCGGGUGUUCGGACACAGCUCGGUGUCGGUGUUGGACGGAGGCUUCAAAAACUGGGUGGCUGACGGUCACCCGGUGGCCUCCGACUACACCAAGCCGGAGAAGACAGACUUCAAGGCGAGCCUGAACCAGUCCUGGGUGAAGAGCUAUGAAGAUGUGCUGGAGAACAUCAAGACCAAGAAGGUCCAGGUGGUGGACUCCAGGUCUGCUGGCAGGUUCCGGGGUACCGAACCAGAAGCCAAACAAGACGUCCUCCCGGGGCAUUUCCCAGGGGCGAUCAGCGUCCCCUUCACAUCUCUCCUGGAUUCCUCUGGAAAAUAUCACAGCACCGAGGAGCUGGCCAAAGUCUUCCAGCAGGCCGGGGUGGACCUGGAGAAGCCGCUCUGGGCUUCCUGCAGUUUGGGAAUCACAGCGUGUCACGUGAUUCUGGCUGCUCACCGGCUUGGCUACUCUAGGGUUGGUCUUUACGACGGAUCCUGGAUGGAGUUUUUCAAAAGGGCUCCUCCAGAGCUCAUCGUCUCAGAGGGGGAGGGAAAGAAGGUCUGAUCUGGUUGAGCACUUUCAGUGGAAACUGUUAAAGGUUCCAAUCUACAGUUCAUUUUCUAAUCUAAUAUCUACAUGAAUGAUAGAAUGAUGACUGAAUGUUUAAUGAAUGUGAAUGAAUCACUGAGUUCCUCAAGACUACAGUUGAAACAAGAUAUUUAUAUGGGCUGCAUAGGAACAUGCAUAUCUUUUUUUUCUCACUGUCUGACACAAAAUCAGACUAAACUUUGCCUGUUUUAUGUCAGUCAUGUCAUACAUUUUUUCUGGGUAUUCACACAUUUGCUUUGUAUUUAGUGGAAUUGCCUUUUAGAUUAUGAUUUAGAGUGAAAUGUGUUGCUUGUUUCAGAAUGACACACCUUCUGCUCUCUGCUCAGAAAUUUUCUAUGAUACUGAUAUGAGAGCAACGUGAUGGUCCACGGCAAAACACCGACUUUGUUGUACGCAACCCACUUUGGAACCGGCCGUUUGCUUACGGUUGUUUUAAAUUAGAAAAAAUCUUCUUUUUUUUUUUGUGUAAUCUUUAGCUUCCUAACUAAUUCUCUGAAAUAUGACCUUUGAUUUUCCACAUCAUUUUUUCUGCUCAGCAAAGUGGACUAAUCUAUCCUGCAACGUGAUUCUCCCACUUCCAUACUUCGGCUUUACCAAAUGGUAUAAAGAUACGUCACUCUGUUUUUUUUUUUUCUUUUUUCUUUGUUUGUUUGUUUUUUACAUUUGGAGAAAGUAUUAGUCUGGAAUUUGACAAGACUAAAUAAUUUGGGUAAUUCCGGCUGACUUUAAACAGGAAAGUUGUAAAAAGUUACCGUCCUACACGGUGUACGUAAAUAUCUGGUUUCAACAUGUAAACUGAAAAUUAUAUACAGGUAUUUCUAUGAGGAACGUCGAACAAAAUAACGCAGGCUUUCCCAUCCAUCAGUGUUUAAAGUCUUAAUUCACAACUAAUGCUGCUGUGUCAAGAGCCACUCAGUGCCUUAAACUUGUACAAUUUACCUCACCAUUAAGUAUUUAUUUUUUAAAGUUUUCUAACAAUUAUAAUGCUUCUCUCAAAGUAAUGUGAAAUAAUGUGUGAAAUUGUUCUCUGCAGCCACCAUUGAUGUGGUCCUGUGUUCUGCUGGAAUGAAUGUAAGCAGAUCAGAAUAAGUAGGAAUCAUGGAGGACUUAAGAAAAGCUUGAUUAUAUUCAGAUAAGCUGAUUUUUAAGUACUCUGCUGCAGAAUGUUUUUGUAGCUCAAAGCUAUUGAAGUGUAACUCUACUUUUUAUGUAAUGUAUUGUUAAUAAGAAUAAAUUUUUAUAAAUGUAUUUA